AUGUCUUUUCCUGCAACCAUAUCUCAUGUGUGCAGGGAGCUGAGGCAACACUACAGUCAGCUGAUUAAGGAUCGGAGGCUGCAUGAGGAGAGACUGGCAGAGCUGAGCGCACGCUGCAGCGAGAACAUGAUGCUCAAGUUUGGCCGCAUCGUUGACCUUGACAUGCUCGAGUCGGUCGGUGUCAACCGCGCCGCACUCGAACUACGCGAGAAGCUGCGGGAGAGCGAGACGCGAGGCGCCGCUGAGACACGCCGAUACGACGACGUGGAUUUCUCGGGGGCGUCUCAGCAGGAGGAGGAAGAGAUGUUUAAGCUCCAGCAGCUGGUGGACGCACAGACACGCGAACUUGACACUCUCAACCAGGAAAUAUUCCAGCUCACACACAAGGGAGGUCACCUCGCGCCACCGCAGUGCGCCACCAGUACCGGCGACGUUGCAUGAUUGUAACGUUUUGUGCCACCGCAGGAAGCCACCAGUACCGGCGACGUCAUGUGAGUGUAAUGUUUCGUGCCACCACAGGGCGCCACCAGUACCGGCGACGUCAUGUGAGUGUAAUGUUUCGUGCCACCACAGGGCGCCACCAGUACCGGCGACGUCAUGUGAGUGU